AUGUUUCACCGGGCAUCCCUCCCAACAAAACCAGCAGUAUCUCACUCCUUACCAACCGCAGAAGCCAUCCUCGCCGACCUUGCCCUUCUUGCAACCCUUGAACCUACAGUAUACGAGACAAAUGCCGAAGCCAAUAAUAUCAACGCCGCUCCUCUCAUGACGCGUGAAGCCCUCGAACGAGAUCCCGAAGCAAUUGCUGAAUCCAUUGUAGCCCAUCAAAAUAGUGUAAAGAAUAUUCAACAGACUAUGAGAACAACAAGAGAUGUAGUAGAGGAAUCAUCUGAAAAAGUGGCGGCUUUAAUCCGCAAGAGCACGCUGGCGGUUAUAUAA